ACAUUAGCGACAGUUGUUGAAGAUUAUUCGUUUCACACCAUCGCUACCACCACCAACCACCACACAUCUCCGCCGUACGCCGGAUUUAUCGUCCUGUUCACGGCACAAAACCUAGCACCACUACGUUACAAAUCAGUUAUUACACAUCGUUCGGUUUGAGAUCUGUUACAGAUCUGUUGUUGUUACAGAUUUUACAGAUCUAAAAUGUCAAAAGCAUGGGGGAAGAUCGGCGACUGGGCGGCGGAAGCCGAGCGAGCCGAAGCCGAAGAAGCCGCUGCCGCGGCUGCCGCCGCGGCAGCUCCACCGCAGAGUUUUCCGAGCUUGAAAGAGUCGGUUAUCUCCAAAAAAGGUAAGAAGAAGACGAAAAUGACCUUACAGGAGUUCACGAUGGCCGGAGGUGUUGCCGGAGGUAUCUCCGGUGGCGGUUCUCGCCGUGAGCUGGCGUUCGAGCACAACAGAUUGACUCCUGAAGAGAUGAUGCAGCUUCCGACCGGUCCGAAAGAGCGUUCUGCGGAGGAGAUGCAGUACGGAAGGAUCGGCGGUGGUUUCUCGUCCUACGGAGGUGGCCGUAGCGGCGGAGGACCUAGGGGUAGAGAUAGAGACGCGGAUGGUGACGGUUCAUGGGGAAAUAACCGGAGAUCUUACGGUGGAUUUGAUGAUGAACGUAGAACUCCGGUUUCUCGUAACUCGGAGUAUGAUAAUUAUCAACCGUCUAGGGCAGAUGAGGUGGAUAAUUGGGCAAUGACGAAGAAAACGCCGUCGUUUGAUAGUAGUUCUAGACCUAACCGUUACAGUUCUAGUUCUAGUUCUCUCGGUGGCGUUAGCACCGGAGGAGGAGGAGGAUUUUCUAGGGCUGAUGAGAUUGAUAACUGGGCAGUAAACAAGAAGCCUGUAGCUGUAGCACCACCACCUGUUAGAUCUUCUAAUUUUGGUUCCGGUUUUCGUGAUUCCGGUGGCCCGGAACAGGACCGUUGGAGUAGGGGAGUGAGCCAGGAACGGGCACCAGGGGUAACAGAACGACGUCGUUUGGUGUUAGAUCCGCCUAAGGGUGAUACUGGUCCGGUCGAGAACGUUACUAGGGGUAAUAAACCAAAUCCGUUUGGGAGUGCUAGGCCGAGAGAGGAGAUAUUGGCGGAAAAAGGUUUGGAUUGGAAGAAAGCGGAUUUGGAGCUUGAAGCUAAGAGAAUGAGUAGUCGUCCCACUAGCUCUCAUUCUAACAGUCGGCCGGGAAGUGCGCAGUCUGGUAGUUCGGUUGAGGUUUCAGGUGCAUUGCAGGGAGAGAAACCGAGGGCUAAGGUGAAUCCGUUUGGUGAUGCUAAGCCUAGAGAGGUUUUGCUGCAAGAGAAAGGUUUGGAUUAUAGGAAGAUUGAUUUAGAGUUGGAGCGGAGGCGGCUUGGCAGGCCCGACACAGAGGAAGAAAAGAAUCUAAAGGAAGAAAUACAUAACCUCAAAAUGGGUUUUGAGAAAGAAUCUACCGAAAAUCAAACCAAUUUACAUAAUACAAUACUUGAGAAAGAAAGGGAACUGGAACAAUUAAGCCGGGAUCUUGAUGAUAAACUUCGGUUCAGUCAAAAAACCAUUGAAAGGCCCGGUUCUGGUGCAGGAAGAGUGGGCUCGGGCUUCCAAGAAAGACCAGGUUCUGGGUCAGGAAGAGUGGGCUCGGGUUUCCAAGAAAGACCAGGUUCUGGGUCAGGAAGAGUGGGCUCGGGUUUCCAAGAAAGACCAGGUUCUGGGUCAGGAAGAGCGGGCUUGGGCUUUCAAGAAAGAUCACUUUCUCAAUCGGGCUCGUUUGAUGAGUCCAGAAGUGUUGACUUUUCAGAGAGGCCCCGGUCCCGUGGUGAUUUUGGGAUGAGACGCGGUGAUGACAGAAGAGGAUAUGGUGGUGGAGCUGAUAAUAGAGGAUUUUUGGGCAACAGAGACGUUGGCAGGUCAGACUCAAGGGAUAGAUGGUGAGAGUGAAUGAAUGUGGGGUGUUUGGCAAGUAGAAGAGAAGAAAAUAAUAAUACAAUGGUGUUUUUGUCAAGUAGAAAAGAAGCAAAUUUUCCAACUUUGAAGAGCUUCUCUGAUUUGGUUAAAAAGGACUGAGUUUAUUAUCUUAUUAUUGUUACCCAAACACACUUAGUUUUGAUUGUAAAUCUAGAAUGGGAUAACUGGAUUUUAACUGUUUGUUUAUUCAUCUACCUUACUUUUGGGAUUGGUUUGUAUGAACAUGAUCAACAACUGCCAGUGGAAAGCAACCUAGUAGUUGUUUCUAUCUAAUCAAAUUCAUCUAUUUUUAUGCCA